AUGGCUAGCAUCUUCAACAAACGUUUAACCAAAGAAUUAAUGGAGUUGCAAAAUGACGGUUGUCCAGCCGGAUGCAGUCUUUUAAAAGCUGAUGAUCUUAAAGAAUGGAAAAUCUUACUCUCAGGUCCACCUGAUACGCUUUACAGUGGCGAAAGUUUUGUACUUCGAUUCCGAUUUUCCCCUCAAUAUCCUAUCGAAUCACCUGAAGUGGUCUUUGUGGUUAGUCCUCCUACUGGAGAUGAACCUGGAUGGCAAGCACCUGAGCAUCCUCACAUCUAUAGUAAUGGCCAUAUAUGCGCAUCGAUCCUUUCCACCGGUUGGAGUCCAGUGCUCAAUUGUUUCGCCGUUUGCCUUACCAUGCAAUCCAUGUUGGCGUCAUGUAAGAAAAAAGAAAGACCUGCUGAUAACGACCGAUAUGUGAAACACGCGCCUAUCAGUCCCAAGAACACCAAAUGGGAUUUCCAUGACGACACAGUCUGA